AUGGCUGCUAACGGUGGCUGCAAGGGUGAAUCUAUUUUUCCAAAGCAUGUCAUCGUACUCAUAGCCGUAAUUAUGAGCUUUGGAGUCAUCUCUUGUUGUCUCGGCCAUGUCAGAGACGAUCAUGAUGAUCGUCUCGGGACGGAGAGGAGAAGCUGCAUCGAGAGUGAGAGGAGAGCUCUCCUUGCCAUUAGAUCUGAUAUGUACGACUCCAACGAAAGGUUCUCUUCUUGGAUCGGUGAAGAUUGUUGUCGUUGGAGAGGAGUGGCCUGCGACAACACCACCAACCAUGUCAUCAAGCUCGACCUCCGCUAUCCUCUCACAGACGAUUGGGAUGACGAGGAUGACAUUUGCUUCAUGCUGGAAGGGAUGGGUGCGAGCAAGGUAAAUCCUGCUUUGCAUGAUCUGAAGUAUCUGAAACAUCUGGAUUUGAGCAUGAAUAACUUUUUCGGCGCAAACGUGCCUCUCAUGAUUGCUUCAUUUAUGCACUUGGAAUAUCUUAACCUAUCCAAUGCUAUGUUUGAUGGACUAAUACCUCCUCAACUGGGGAACCUCUCCAACCUACACUACCUCGAUAUCAAAGGAUGUAGACUUAGUGAUCUACGAGCUGAUGACCUUGAUUGGCUUUCCCGAAUUUCUUCUCUAAAAUAUGUUGAUAUGAGUUUUGUCAACCUCUCUAAAGCAACUAAUUGGCUUCAUCAAGUUAAUUCAAUCCAUAGUCUUAAAGUAUUGCACUUGAAGUGGGCAAACCUCCCAUAUGUUCCAUCUCCUUCGUUCCCUUUUAAUCUGACUUCAAUUGUCAAGUUGGAUAUUUCUGGAUAUUUGAACUUGAAUACAACAAUUCUAAGAUGGCUCUCUCAUGCUAGCAGCCUUGUAUAUCUCGAUCUUGCUAGCUGCAAAGGUGUCGAUAUCGAGUCACUACAAAUCACUCUGGGAGCUCUGAGUAAUUUGAAAGAAUUUAAUUUGCAAUACAAUGGUAUCAAAGGAGAAAUUCUUGGAAUAGUAAUGAAUGUGAGCAAGAGCUUAAAGCAUUUGGAUUUGAGUGGAAAUUCAUUAAGUGGAGAUAUUACACAAAUCUUAUGGAGUCUUGGCUCCGUGGAGUACCUUGCAUUAGAUGGUAACGAGCUCAAUGGAGAUAUUUCAAAAAUGGUGAAAAUUUUCACAAGCAGCUUGAGAUAUUUAAGUUUGAGAUCCAAUCAUAUUGCUGGAGAAAUUCCACAAAUCAUGGAUAAUCUCACCAAUUUAGAAUACUUGGAUCUCUCUUACAACAGUAUAACCGGAGGAAUACCGAUGACUUUUGGUAAUAUCAUCAACUUAGAGAGAUUGAGAUUGUCGGGAAAUAAAAUUUCAGGACAGAUACCAGAAAGUAUUGGGAAUCUCCAAAAUAUACUAUAUCUAGAUUUAUCUGAAAAUUUUAUUGCUGGGCAGAUGCCAGAGACCUUCGACAGACUCUACAACUUGGAAUAUUUGAAUGUAUCAUAUAACAAUUUGAGUGGAAUUGUCCCUGUAAGUAUGGGUCAAUUAUCUACAUUAAGUGAAUUGGACCUCUCCUCAAAUUCACUGAAAGGCAACAUCACCGAAGCACAUUUUUUCAAACUCAUCAAUUUAACCUUAUUGGACAUUUCUUACAACUCCUUGAAUGUGAUCUUACCUAAUGAUUGGCUUCCACCUUUUAAUGCCUACAGUAUUUUUAUGGACUCAUGUCAUAUGGAGACCAAAUUUCCUGCUUGGAUUCAUACACAAACACGUUUGGAACAACUUUCUUUAUCUGGAGUUGGACUCUCAGUGCAUAUAGCAAAUCUUACUUCUCUUCAGGUUUUGGAUCUUUCUUCCAACAAUCUUUCUGGUAGCAUACCUUCAUCUCUGGGAAAUUGUAGGGCUAUGGUUGAGAUGCAACAUGAUACUACGUCAUUGCUUCAUCUUGACGCUGGUAGUUACUAUGUUGAGAGCAUAGUAAUAACGGUAAAAGGAUUUGACAUCCAAUACACCACAAUUCUCUCACUUGUAACAAGCAUAGACCUAUCAAAUAAUAAUCUUUCCGGCGAGAUCCCAAGAGAGCUAACAAACCUUCAUGGAUUGCUUUUCUUGAACUUAUCUAAGAAUCAUUUGAGAGGAACCAUUCCAGAAAAGAUUGGUUCCAUGGAACAACUGGAAUCACUGGAUUUGUCAAUGAACAAUCUCACCGGAGAUAUUCCUUCCAGCUUAUCAUCUCUCACCUUCCUAAGCCACUUGAAUCUCUCUCACAAUAACUUGUCAGGAAGAAUCCCAACAGCCGGUGGUCAAAUGUCGACCUUUCUUGGCGACCUGUCGAUCUAUGAUGGUAAUGAAUACCUUUGUGGUACGCCGCUGCCAGAGUGCCCUGGUGAUGAAGCUUAUCAAAGUCCACCUCAUGAACAGGAAGAGAAAAACGGUGACAGGCUUGAAACAGUGUGGGAAAUUAUCGGCAACGUCAUGGGUUUUGUGGUUGGUUUUUGGAGUUUUAUAGGCACAAUGAUCAUGAAACAGAGCAUAAGGACUGCUUUCUUCCGAUUAAUCGACGAGGCUUGCAAUUGGUGCUACGUGCAGUUGGCUGUCGGAUGUGCAACGUUAAAAGUCCAAACAGCAAAGAGUGACUUGAUCCAUCGGUGGCAAGAACUGAAGAGUUUACUGUGA